GAACAGGAGCACACUGCAGGGCUAUUGAAGCUUAAACCUCGGGGGCAGGAGCAAAAGGAAAGCUUGUCCGGACCCUCAGCAUCCCAGCCACUAGAUUGUUUUUUUUUAUUUUGAGCCCGUGUGUGUGUGUGUGUGUGAGAGAGAGAGUGUGUGGGUGUGUACGUGUGUCGUGUGCACACACGCGCCUGUGUGCAAGACUUUAUGUCCAUUGGAAACCAAUUGAAGACAGAGGCGAAAAUAAGACGUUAACCAACUGCGCUCCUCCUUUACAAAUCUUUCUCCCUCCCCAAGAAGAUUGAAAGCCACGCCGGACUUAGAAAUCGUCGCUCUGCCCGUUAAGAAUGGUCACUCAGAUAAUCAGCACUAUGGAAACUCAGGUGGCAAACGGUCCUACAAGCAACAACACAUCCAAUGGCCCAUCCCUCAACAGCACAAACUGCUCCAUACCAAUGAUGGCCGGGCCCUCUGACGACAGCAAGACCAAUCUCAUCGUCAACUAUCUACCGCAGAACAUGACGCAGGAAGAGUUCAAGAGCCUCUUCGGCAGCAUCGGGGAGAUUGAAUCCUGCAAACUCGUCCGCGAUAAGAUCACAGGCCAGAGCUUAGGAUACGGUUUUGUAAACUACGUGGACCCCAACGAUGCUGACAAAGCCAUUAACACCUUAAACGGACUCAAGCUGCAAACUAAAACUAUUAAGGUCUCCUACGCCCGGCCCAGCUCUGCCUCUAUUCGAGAUGCCAAUCUCUACGUCAGUGGGCUUCCCAAGACCAUGAGUCAGAAAGAGAUGGAGCAACUCUUUUCACAGUACGGCAGAAUCAUCACCUCACGCAUUCUCGUCGACCAAGUCACAGGCGUCUCUCGAGGGGUUGGCUUCAUCCGAUUUGACAAGAGGAUAGAGGCGGAGGAAGCUAUCAAGGGACUGAAUGGACAGAAACCGCUAGGGGCGACUGAGCCCAUCACAGUGAAGUUCGCAAACAAUCCCAGCCAAAAGACUGGCCAGGCACUGCUCUCUCAGCUGUACCAGUCCACAAGCCGGCGGUACCCGGGACCCCUGCAUCACCAGGCACAGAGAUUCAGGCUGGACAAUUUACUUAACAUGGCCUACGGCGUAAAGAGCCCUCUCUCUCUGUCCACCAGGUUCUCUCCGAUCACCAUCGAGGGCAUGACGAGCCUCGCUGGCGUCAACCUCUCCGGCCCAGCGGGCACCGGCUGGUGCAUCUUUGUGUACAAUCUCUCCCCAGAGGCGGACGAGAGCGUCCUGUGGCAGCUGUUCGGGCCCUUUGGUGCGGUCACCAAUGUCAAGGUCAUCCGUGAUUUCAACACCAACAAGUGCAAAGGCUUCGGCUUCGUCACCAUGACCAACUACGACGAGGCAGCGAUGGCAAUCGCCAGCCUGAAUGGCUACCGCCUGGGCGACCGAGUGCUACAGGUGUCCUUCAAGACCAGCAAGACCCACAAAUCAUGAAGGCAGAGUGAGAGAAAGAGAGAAAGAGAGAGAGAGAGAGAGAGAUAGAGAGAGAGAGUGUGAGAGUGAGAGAGAGAG